AUGUCCGCCGCCCCCUCGGCGUCCCUUUACGUUGGCGAGCUGGACCCGACCGUCACGGAGGCCAUGCUCUUCGAGAUUUUCAACAUGAUUGGCCCUGUGGCCAGCAUUCGCGUCUGCCGUGAUGCUGUCACUCGUCGUUCGCUCGGGUACGCCUACGUUAACUACCUGAACGCCGCAGACGGUGAGCGUGCUCUGGAGCAGCUCAACUACUCCCUCAUCAAGGGCCGCGCUUGCCGCAUUAUGUGGUCUCAGCGUGACCCCGCUCUCCGCAAGACCGGCCAGGGCAACAUCUUCAUCAAGAACCUGGACGAGCAGAUCGACAACAAGGCCCUCCACGACACGUUCGCUGCUUUCGGCAACGUCCUGUCCUGCAAGGUCGCUACCGACGAGCACGGCCGCUCUAAGGGCUACGGUUUCGUCCACUACGAGACCGCUGAGGCCGCCGAGACUGCCAUCAAGGCCGUCAACGGUAUGUUGCUCAACGACAAGAAGGUGUACGUCGGCCACCACAUCUCCCGCAAGGAGCGCCAGUCGAAGAUCGAGGAGAUGAAGAACCAGUUCACGAACAUCUACGUUAAGAACGUCGACCCCGAGGUCACCCAGGAGGAGUUCGUCCAGCUGUUCGAGCCCUUCGGCAGGAUCACCUCCGCCGUCCUCCAGGUCGACGAUGAGGGCAAGAGCCGUGGUUUCGGUUUCGUCAACUUCGACACGCACGAGGAGGCGCACGCCGCUGUCGAGGCACUCCACGACAGCGACGUCAAGGGCAGGAAGCUCUUCGUUGCCCGUGCCCAGAAGAAGGCUGAGCGUGAGGAGGAGCUCCGCCGGUCGUACGAGCAGGCCAAGAUGGAGAAGAUGAGCAAGUACCAGGGCGUCAACCUGUACAUCAAGAACCUCGAGGACGACAUCGACGAUGAGCGUCUCCGCGGAGAGUUCGAGCCCUUCGGCAACAUCACCAGUGCUAAGGUGAUGCGCGACGAGAAGGGCAUCUCCAAGGGCUUCGGUUUCGUUUGCUUCUCUUCUCCCGACGAGGCCACCAAGGCUGUCGCUGAGAUGAAUAACAAGAUGAUCGGCACCAAGCCGCUUUACGUCUCGCUCGCUCAGCGCCGCGAGGUCCGCAGGCAGCAGCUGGAGAGUCAGAUCGCUCAGCGCAACCAGAUCCGCAUGCAGCAGGCCGCUGCCACUGGCAUCCCUGGUGGCUACAUCAACGGCCCCAUGUACUACCCUCCCGGCCCUGGGGCUUACCCUCCCCCUGGUGGUCGCGGCAUGAUGGGCUACGGCCAACCCGGCAUGCUCCCUCCUCGCCCCCGCUACGCUCCCAACGGCCAGGUCCCUGGGAUGCCCCUCCCGACGCCUUACGGUCAGGCCCCUCCCCAGGCCUACGGCGGCAUGCCUGGCUACCCCCGUGCGCCCCGCCCCCCUCAGGCUGGCCGUGCUCCCCCUCCCACCGACCCCAACGCCCCUCCCGCCAACGGCGCGGCUCCUCGCCCCGCUGGUCCCCAGGGAGCCCCCGCCGCCCGUCCCCCGCCCGCUGGCGCUCAGCCCCCCGCGGCACGCGGCCCUGCCCCUGGUCGCCCCCAGCAGCAGCCCCCUCGUGGACCUGCCCCCGGCCAGGGUCCCGCCCCCGGCGGCGAGGUGCCGACGAUCACCGCUGCGGCUCUUGCCAACGCCUCCCCCAUGGAGCAGAAGCAGAUGCUCGGCGAGGUCAUCUACAUGAAGAUCGUGCAGUCGCAGCCCGAGCUCGCGGGCAAGAUCACCGGUAUGUUGCUCGAGAUGGACAACACGGAGCUGCUGCACCUCCUGGAGACCCCCGACUCGAUGAACACGAAGGUGAACGAGGCGCUCGCGGUCCUCCACGAGUUCUCGCAGAACGACAAGCUCGCCGCAGAGGGCAAGUAA